GAUCGCGCGGCGCGUUCCUUACUGCGCGCUCCCUGACGAGCUUUGAUUUGUACGCAUCGUUGAUCAUCACGGCUUUGUUUGGCCGGGGCGGCACGAAGAGAAUCAUUAUGAAUGUCAUUUCAGUGGCUCCCCUGGAGUUAUCAUUACACGAAGAUCAUCAUGAACGGUAAAAUCAGCUUUUUAAUGAAGUUCGUGGUCCCCGACACUCCUGCGCCGGCACCUACACGAAAGAAGACGAUGGAGAAACUGCGCAUGCGCGAAAUGGAUCUCAGGAAACGCCCCCCUUCCCCGGGGUCCAGAAACUCCAUUACGCUUGAUGCAUUUACUUCAACGAUUGUUCUGAAGGAAUGGUGGUGGGGAAAAAGGUUACCGAUUUUUUAUUCACGCAAUUAUAUGAACUGAGGGGAACUCCAGGAAACGCAAAUUUCCUCGCAGCGAAAUACAUGACAAGAGCCACGUCUCAUGAAUUUGAUGCGUCUUUGCUUUAAGUACCAAACACCACAUCGACGAUCUCUGGAGUCUUUUGUAGGAAGAAACUGGAAACGAUGUAGAGUUGUCCAGUUAUAACGUACCUAGAGUUCCUGGAAAGAAAUCCAUGUGUACUUAGUAAACACCGAUGUUACGUCCCCUCCGUGUUACACGUAACACGGGUAUGUCAGUAUAUACAGGACACCUAAACCCAGCGAAUUUCUAUUCUAGUCCUACGACUGUGAAGUUCUGCCUAAAAACUACGAUUGUGCGCCAAUGAUUGAUUGUGUGUUACACGUACUGAGAGCUAUAUAUUCCCAAAAUGUUCAUUUUAUCUCCUAAAAUAUUCCGUUAAACUACAACUUAGUUAGCUGUUUGGAGCUUUUUUAUUUAAAUAGCGAGUGCCCUGUUUUAUCCGUGUUUAAAUACAGUCGAUUUAUUCGCAUUUGCCUGCUAAUGAAACGCAAUACGAAGAAACUCCGGGUUCGCGCACGGUUGUCCAGCGAGCGCCAAGCUCACUGGUCGCUGUGUUUGGUUGCUAGACGACUGCAGUAUUGACACCAAAGGGGCACAAUGUGACAGUGCGACUGAUCCAAGCGUGUCGGGCGACGAAAUGUUGUCUUAGCUGGGAACUUCUGUGUUUGAAAAUGUGCUUGCAAGCGAACAAUUUAGGAAAGUCGCUUCAUUUUGGUGAGCGGAAAAUAAGAAAGUUGCGACGGAGCCAGAGUGAAGAAGGCGAGGUCAACGAACCGUAGUCACACAGACUGAGAGAGAGAGUCCGUUACAAGUCAAGUGGGAGUAACAUGGUGGUAUAUUUACGGCUCUUUUGACAGCCGCGUCGUGGAGAAGGGGAGGCGCGGUGUAGUUAAAUGUCCACUGCGGUGCUGGAGUGUCGGAAUGAGGGGGCGGCGAGAGGGAUACUUUAGAAACGCGUGUCAACAACAUGCGGCGCUCGUGCUCCUCUGCCCCUUCCACCACCACCAAUCGCAGUGCUGUCCUCGCGCUGUCCUCGCGCUCUCUCCUCUCUUGAUCUCCUCUUCUUUACCUCUGCUUUCCUGCUGACCUGUUGAUUUGAGCGACAUGUCCGAGGCGCCCAGCGACGGUCUCACGGACCCCGAGCUGGAGGAGCUGGGUGAAGACGAGCUUUCUGUUACCACCUGUAUCUCAAAUUCUGAGAAGAGACCCAGGAAAAAGAAAGCGCCACAUAAACCGUCUCCAUCUCCUAAAUCUCCAUAUUUGACUAGCGCAAACUUGCAUUCAAAGAAGUCGGCGCUGUGGCAUUCCUUGAGGGGUACCGCGGUGACUCACAGCGAGCAUCCUUCUCUGCCAAUGCCUGGCGACUUCUGGCUGGCCUCUCUCAAAAGUGGACUUGAACUUGAUGGGACACAACCAAAGUGCUCCACUUCACCAAGCAUGCCUGAGUAUCUGAAGGAAGCUUUUGGGAUGAGGAAACCAAAGUACUCUCGGUCCUCCAGCAACGGCUAUAUUCCAGGGACCCCAGACUACAAGGAGAAGGAAGACAUGUAUGAUGAGAUAAUUCAACUGAAGAAAUGUCUGCAAGGUCAGAAGUCAGAAAAUGACAUAAUGAAAACCAAACUGCGAAGACUUGAAGAGGAUAACCGUAAAAAAGAAAAGCAGAUUGAGCAGCUGUUGGACCCAACUAAGGGCUCUGAAUACACAAGGGGCUUCGUUGACAAAAAGAAUGAUGCCAGUUCAGUCCUAAAUGGAUUAAAGCACAAGAUUCUGAAGCUGGAACAACAGUGCAAAGAGAAGGACAGUGCAUUAAUCAAAUUGCAGAAUGAUGUAAAGACUAAAAGCAUUGAAGAAAUGAAGAUUGUGGCAGAAAAGUACUACGAAGAGGUUCAGAGGCUCAGGCUGUUGCUGGCCAAUGCAGAGUCGGCAGAAAAAAGCUUUACCGCCGAGUGCAAAGCGUAUCUCAAGCAGCAGAAAGUUCUCAACUCAACCAUCGUGAAACUGUCAAGGAACGUGAAGCAGCUGCAAGAGGAGAACGAAACCCUGAAAGAAGAACUCGAGAAAAUGACCAGCGUCCCCAGUACAGCCAGAGGCUACGCUGAGUGGAGUAAACCGAGACUGGUGCGGAGGAUCAUCGAGCUCGAAAAGAAGAAGCGUCGGUCAGGGAGUCCGCCGUGCGUCAAGGGGCCUGGUUGCAGAGAAGGAGCCGGGACCCCCGCCGUACACGCGGAGGAAGGAGCCGAUGCUGUCGCAGCCGCUCACGAGGUCCCUGUGACCCCCAGUGGGAACAGCACACAGCAGGAGUGCGUCCAUCUAAGGGAGCUGGUCGGGAAGCUGAGGGAGGAACAGGCGAGUCUCCAGGAGUCUCUGGCAGACAGGAUACAGGAACGAGAUUUCGUUGAGCGUCCGCUCCGUUCCUUCAGGGCUCAGAUGCAGCGGCUGUCCGAGGAGAAGGAAGAAGCUCUAAAGGACGUGGAGAAGUCGAAGACCAUCGAGUACAACAAAGCGAGUCAGCUGUUCAAAGAGGAGAUUGAGAACCUGAAAGAGACGAUAAAAGAGCUGGAAGUGAAGCUACAGGAGCUGAGACGUCUAAGGGCAGAAUCUUCACGCCAUCUCAUUCAGGUCGCUAACACCAGCGCUCCAAGGGAUACCGACGAAGCAUCGAUAAAGGCUGACCAAAGAUCAGGUGUGGCACAACUGGUCCAGGAGAGUCAUGAUUCAGCUGGAGAGAAUCCUGAGCAUCUCUGGACGCCCAAAGGCACCAAGACCCCCGCUGAUGUGGAGGGGGAGGAGGAGGAGGAGGACCGAGCUGCCAGGAUCAUCCAGAAACACUGGCUUCAGUACAAGAACAGGGAGAGAAAAGCCAAAGACUUGGAGGAGGACAUCAUUUUAAUUCAGUCAGCAUUUCGAGGGCAUUUGACAAGGCAAAAAUCAGCAAAAAUUAAAACCCUUCAUGAAGAAAAACUGCCCAGCGUCAACCGCAAGGCCCCCCAGAGGGACUUCAGUGGCAGCGUCCAGAGCCUUCACGUGGGUGAUGGAGAUCAGGAAGAUGGCGUGGUGCUCCUGCAGUCCGUGUUCAGGGGACACUUGGCACGGUGCCGUGCCAAAAUGAACAGUAGUUUGAUGGGUGGACCGGAUACACAGAGCUCCGCUGCCAAGAUGCAGGACUCUUCUCCCAGGACGCCACUGAGGAAGAGCUGCCCAGGCCCUGCAAACUACAGCACCAACGCUCAAGGAGCUGGAGGCGCUGUGGGAAGCGACGGCGAGGAGAUCGAGGAGGAUAUCCCCGAUGGAGACACCGAAGAAAGCGGCGAUGCGAUGGACUUAACGUUGCACGGCUCCUCUUUCAGAAAGAAGCAUAUUCCAGCUCAGCUGGAUCUAACAGCAGCCGAAGCUGCCAAGACUGGAGACUCCGAUGACUCGGAUGAUAUCAUUAUCUCCCCGUCCAGACCCCUGAAGAGAGGGGACCCUUAUUUCUAGAACAUUUCUUUCUUUUUUAAAUAAUUUAUCUUUUUCUUGGCAGUGGCCUUUCUUUAGGAUGUUUGUGGGGUCGUGUGUAGUCACAAUGAAAAGUGACUUCAUACUGAGCUCCUAUGAAGAUAUGUUGAAAUUUUACAUUAAAAACACAUCAGCUUGUUGUGUCAACUGCCCGCGGUUCCCAGAUGUUGACUGACCCCCAGAGGAGCAAGAUUUUCACUUACUAUAGUCUGUGUACAUUGUAUAAUUUAUUCAGAUUCCAUGCAUGGAAGCAAAUAAUGACCUGUGUGAUUUGGUAGCUCUGUCUUUACUAUUUUGCUAAUAAGGAGAACAAAGUGCCUUUUCUCAUUCACAAUGUGGUCAAAAAUGUAAGAAAGACCCAAAAGUCUGUUAUUUAGUCUUUUUUUUCCCAUUUUUCUCUGGAUUGUGUGGUUUCACUAUUUAGGAUUUAUUGCUGUAUGUAAAUUAGACCAAAAUGAUAUUCUAGGAAAUGUAAAUUGUGGGUUCCUGUGAAGUUUUGCAUAAACCAACAUUGCUAAAUGCCCUUGGAAGUCACUUUUGUUUACACGUUUACAAGCUGAUGUAAUACAUUUUAGAAGACAUGUUGUGUUAAAACUGUGGAACUACAUUUUCCAGGACUGUCAUUUUUUCCACUGCCCCCCCCCCCCAAAACAGCGCACGUGUCAUGGGUGUUAAAUAAUGUUAAUAUUAAAAACACAUACUUUUUAAUCCAGUGCAAGACCUCUAAUGCAAAGGUGCAGAAACGUGCCUUGAUGUGCACGUUGGUGUUGUCGUGUCUUUGUGAAAUACUUUUUUAUUAUUAAACAUAU